AUGUGGAACUUCUUCGGGAAGGGGUACAAGGAGGCCGCCGAGGAGGACGAGGACAAUGAUUUGUCGCUCGGGACCGGCCCCGUAGACAUGACAACGCUGGACAUAACGUACAUCACACAUCGUUUACUUGCGAUCGGCUGCCCGGUGGACGGCCCGAGCGACCGAGAUGCGAACCGCAACAACGUCGACGACCUCUCCAACUGGUUGGUCAACGACCACAAGGGGCAUUUCCUGGUCUGGAACAUCUCCGACCACCGCUCGAACAACGGCGGAGGGCGCGGGGGCGGCGGCGGGAGGCAGCAGGCGGCCGGCACGCAGGUGUCUCGGAAGCUUCACCAGCGGCUGCAGGGGCAGGUCCUGGACAUCCCGUGGGGCAGCCGGAACCGGCGUUGCUACGUGCCGUCCAUCAGACAUCUCCUGCGCGUCUGCUACUCGAUCAAGGGCUGGCUCGACCUGGAUCCGGAGAACAUGGCUGCCGUGUUCUGCGCGAACGGAAAGGCGAGGACGUCGGUGCUCUUGGCGUGUUAUCUGCGGUUCGAGGGGGAGGAGUCCACCGCCCUCGAGGCGUAUCGUCGAGUGUGGGCGAAGCGAGACCCGGAGCAGAAGCCCGAGCAGGUUAUCCUCCACACGCCCCGGAGCCUCUUCGCCCUCUUCGACAACUUCGACUGCUGCAUACGGCUGGGCCGGCCGCCGCGGGGAGGGGCCGGGGGCGGCCUGUUGGUUGGGGUGGCGUUGAAUGGCCUGCCUCUUGCGGAGCCCCCGGUGCUCGAGGUGUACGGACCGACGCAGCUGCUGUACUCGAGCACCCAGGAAGAAGAGGACAGUCACGUGCUGUGGAACGAAGAUCAAGGGUUCUUCAAGGUCAACAAGCCGCUCACGGGGGACUUCGUAGUAAUCGCGCGGUUCAAGGGUACCGACGGGGCCGCAGAGACGGGGCCGGAGGGGGUGUUAUUCCGAUACUGCAACCACACGUGCUUCUUGCCGCAGGGGGAGCAGGUCGUUCUCCGGAAGUCUGAGGUGGACGUGAUGCCGAGCUACCGGGACCAGAUCCCGGACGAUGUAUUCAGCGUGUCCUUGGUCCUUGUGCCUGAAGAAGAAGAGGACGCCGGCUCGAGCUUCUCCUUCCAGGAGCAGGACCAGGUCAAGGUCGGCCCCGCCGCUACCCAGCAAGGCCUGGCGGACCUCAGCUCGUUCCACUUCGUGACCCCCUUGCUCCCUCGGCUCGACAAGCUCCUGGGGCGGGGUUUCCCUCCCGAGGCGUCGACGCUGGCGCUGCAGCUCGCCAACAACGAUCUGAGCGCGGCGAUUACGAUGAUGAAGGAGAGCCCGCUGCAGGACCUCAUGACGUACCGCCUGGCGCUCUCGCCGAGGUCCUCGGAAGGUUUUUCGCCGAACCGAGGGCUUCGGGCCAAGUCCAUCUCGGUGGUGUCGCCGGGGUCGAUGCUCGAGUCGGAUCAGGGAAACCUGUCGCUCGACCACUACGAGGACUCCCAGCACAGCAGAGACUCGCUCGAUGGCCCCGGCGGCGGGAUCGGAGCGUUUAGGCGUGACCACCAGCAGCCUGGCCAUUAG